AUGAAGUUGAAGUGUCGAGGCAAUGCUCGAGUGAAGAGAGCUCAGCUCAAUCGUCUACGGCGGGACUUUGAGGUCUUAGCAAUGAAGCAAGGUGAAUCGAUCACUGAUUAUUUUGGUCGAGUGAUGACGGUUGCAAACGACAUGAGGAAUUAUGGAGAAGAUGUGGAUGAUGUCAAUAUCGUUGAGAAGAUCUUGAGAACCCUCACUGAGAAAUGGAACUAUAUUGUUUGUUCCAUUGAGGAAGCCAAGGACAUAGAUGAAUUAUAUGUGGAUGCCUUGCAGAGUUCUCUGCUCGUUCAUGAGCAAAAAUUCAAAGUAAGUGGAGAAGAGGAACAUGCUUUGAAGGUAACUCAUGAAGAGAGCUAUGGUGGAAGAGGGCGAGGAAGAGCUACUUUUCGAGGAGGUCGGGGACAAGGAAGAGGCAGGGGCAGUCAACCGAGGAAUAAAGAAACAAUUGAGUGUUACAAAUGUCAUAAGCUUGGAUACUUUCAGUACGAGUGCCAAGCAAAUUAUGCUGGUUUGGAGGAAUCAGAAGAUAUGGUGCUAAUGGCGUAUGUCGACACGCUUGGAGACGAUCGAGAUGUUAUGUGGUAUAUUGAUUCUGGGUGA